GGAGAUCACGGUGAAGAACAAGACCGAAACUCAUCAAACCACUCCUGCAAGACAAAGAAUGUUUCGAUUCUGUUUUGCGCCUUUAUUUCUAGCCGCUGCGGCGCUCUUACCGCUAUUUUCAGAUGCACAAGAACAUCAACACCAGCAAGCGCCGCCGCCCGCCCCCUGUGCCGGGGAAAGCUGGGAGAAGGUGCAUGGCGAUUUCCUCGAUCUCUACUACCGUUUUCGCAGGGUCGAGCGCGUUGUGGUCCCGGGCGGGGGAAGGACGAGCGACGGGGUCCUCGACCAGUUUUCCGCUUCCGCCGCGCGAGCAGGGGGUGGGGGAGAUCACGAGCAAAGUCUAUUCUCGUUUGCACAGACCUAUCACGAGCAGCAGGCGCAC